AUGGAAGUAAUUGAAGAGAAACUGACUAUACCCAAAGUAAUGGAAGACGAAAACUUUGUUUCAAAAGACAUUGGUGCAAAGACCACCUUUCAGAAGGAAACUGGCAUGAAACCAUCCAAUAAGCACAAAGAAAAGAUCAAAAGGCUUGGAUCUACUCCUGUCCGUUGGCAAACUGAUCCUGAUCAGCUUCAGUACAUCAAAGACUGUAGAGCAUGUGGAGCUACACCAUCUGGAUACUUUCUGCGGCAUUUAAAAGACCAGAACCUCAGUCUGAAACAUAGUGUUUUAGGACUGAAGAAACUGAAGCCUAUUUUUUCAAGCAUUUCAAACAACUCGAUUAUAACUCAACUAGAUCUCACCAAUACCUUUCUAGACGAUGAGUGUGUGAAUUACCUGUGCUAUAUGCUGAGAGAUAAUACUUGUAUAACUGAUCUUAACUUGUCUGAAAAUCAGUUCACUUCUAAGUCAGCCGAAGCCCUCUGUGAAGUAUUUGCUUCAACAGCACAACUUUCAAAAUUAAGUUUGAGAAGAAAUUUAUUCGAUGAUAAUUCAGGAAUCUUUUUCUCUGAGUUAAUUGCCACCUCUUUAAAAUUGGCCCAUAUGAAUAUUUCUUAUAAUGAUUUGGGUGAUUUAUCCUGUUAUUAUAUUGGAAGAGCAUUGCCUCAAGCAACAACACUUGUAGAGUUCGAUUUAAGUUGGAAUAGACUAGGAGGAAGGAAAAUGGAUUAUUUCGGUAAAGGUCUUGCUGAGAAUAAAAAUUUGAAAUAUCUUAAUUUAUCUGCAAAUGGAAUUGGUCCAAACAUUGGAUGUCGUGAAUUAGCUUAUGCUUUAAGAAAUAAUCAAACAUUGAACACAUUGGAUUUAAGUGAUAACCGAAUAUCUCCAGAAGGAUCCGUACUACUAAGUAAAGGCUUUUAUGUAAAUUCAACACUAACUUGCCUAAGAAUGGCACGAAAUCCAAUGCAAACUGCCGGUUGCUUUGCUAUUUUAGCAGGAAUCCUACGGAAUCCAAACUGUGGCCUAAUAGAACUUGAUUUACAUGAUAUUAUAGUGAAUCAAGACUUUUUAGAUCUACAAGAUUCAGCUAGAGUUAAACUUCCAAAUUUAUGUGUACGUUGUGGCCCAACAACAAAUGAUAAAGUCCGAGCUUUGUCACCACGAUUUAGAAGACCAGAAUUCAGUCCAAAAGAAAUUUUAAUCACUAUGGGACGUUGUACAAAACAAAGUCUUGCAGAUUUGUUACGCCCUUUGGAUAAUGUUGGUGAUAAAGUUGUUACUAGACAGGCAUUUAUCAAAAUUUUAAAUAUUUACAUGAUGAAACUUGGAAUACAGUUCACUGAAGAACAGAUGAAGAAAUUAAUGCUGGAUCUAGAUCCAGAGAAUCACGAAGAGAUCAAUUUUACGUAA